GUACACAUUUGCUAAACAAGAGACUUGUCAUUAUACACUUCAAGGAAACUUGUUGUGAAGCUUAAGCCCCUCCUCCGAAAUGGUUGGAUCAUCACAUGGCUGACUGUCAGGGAAUUAAUGUAGCGAGACCACUGUGUGCUUGGAUCUACGAGAGUGACGAGACGGUAACUCAAAACUUAAGCCACUGUAGAAAACCUAGCUAAUACAGUCGUAAAGUUAGCUUAGCAAGUUAUUGGAAUCAUAAAUGUUUUCUUGUUGACUAGAGCAAGCUGUGCCAGGCUAUCGACGAAUAAUGAAAAGUACCCUAAAUUUAGCUGGCCCUGGACUGUCCGAGACCUGAGGCCAGGGUUUGCUUAAAGAUUUAACGUUGUCAUCCGUUGAUUAUAAGGUUGUAAUGGGUUAACGUUACAUGUGUUCUUGCUAGUGCGAUAGGAAGAUUAACUUGAAAAGCACUAGUGUGAAGAACGACGCGCAAGAUCGGGUCGGUAGCACGUAGGGCACAUUUCUUCGAACCAGAAAGUACUUUCUAGAUAAGUUACGUUGACGCUAGCUUGUUUGCUAUCCUUAACUCAAGUGGCAUUUUUUUUUACGUUAUCGUGAAACAUUCUUGCUUGGCCAACAGAGUUUAGGGUUCAACCAGUAAGGCGGCAAUUCACUAUCUGUAGAUGCUUAUACUCUUUAAAUGGAACGCAGAACACUAUCAUUAUUAGGGUGUUAGCUAAUGUCCUAAGGUAAACAGUGACGUUGACUUCACCUUCCUUCGCGUACAGUCAGAACUAGCUAAUAAGUUAAUCAGCAUUGUCAGAAACUUGCUAGUCAGCUAAACAUGAAGGACUUAUUGUAUAUAUUGGUAGCCAAAUUGACUAGCGAAAGAAAAGUUACAGAGGAGAGCUAACGUUUUCUAUAAAUUCAUUUUGAAACCAUAGCUAGUUACAUCCCACAAGGGUUAAACCUUUGUAACUCCGGUCAGGCGGCUAGGACAGCUAGCAAACGUUACACCGGCUUGGCUAAUGUCGUCGGACCGUCAUCCAAAUGGGGCUCAUGGCCUCCUCCGCGGACACCGGGCAAGAUCCUACGGGAGUAUAGUGAAUUCUUCGUUGUCACCUGUACGUCAAAGGCGAAUUGACCAUCAAGUUCAACCCGGAGAGACACUUCAAGGGCUGGCUUUGAAGUAUGGCGUUUCUAUGGAACAAAUUAAAAGAGUCAACAGACUGUACACAAAUGACUCCAUAUUCCUCAAGAAGUCUCUUUCCAUCCCUGUACUGUCGGAGCUGGAUUUGGGCCUGUUCAGUAAUGGGGAGGAGGCCUCUGAUGAGGAAACAUGUCAAGGAGACAGUACGCCCACAGAGGAUCCAGUUGAGAAUGGAACCGCAGAGAAAGAUUCAGAUACAGACUGUAACAGCGCAGAUCUCUCACCAAUGGAUUACUUGAAACGCAUUGACAGUUUGAUCACCCAGUCAAAACAGGCAGCCGCAAAGACGUGCAGAGAAGAGAAAAUGUUUGCUACAGAAGACGCACUUCAUACAGGCAGAGCGGUGAGGAGCCAGGUCUCGUCAUCUCGUGGCAGAGCAGCCUCUUCACCUGACUGUCUGUCUCAGGCCAUGGCCGUUCCGCUCACCAUCACUAGACGCACCAAGAAACUUCGGGAGAGGGAAGAUGAGAUCUUUCAGCUUUGAUCUUUCACUGUAUUGUGUAUUUUUUUUGUCUUUGUGUUUGUCAUCAUCACGCAUUAAGGGUGCAUUUUGCAGUGAAAUUAUGUUGGUCACAAGCCUACAUUAGCUGUCAUAACACUGACUUUGUUGGGGAAGGGGGAUUAUUAUGUAGCAUUUAAUUUAGGUUCUAUCUUGCACUAAGAGUUCAUUCGGGGCUCAAGGUAGGAAAGAACACAUCGAUGGUUUAUGGCACCCUUGGUAGUUAGAAGUUUUCUUGGUGUCAAAUUAAGCAUAGUUUUGAUAUAUGGAUCCUAAGCACAAACAAUUAUCUAUGAGAAUGCAAACUGGUAGUGUCACUACCUCUUUGUUAAGGUACUGUAAAAUAAAAACUUAAUUUAUUAUUCAAGUACUUUGUCUGUUCCAUGUUGGUAACCGCAUAAGACAAGUAGCCUUCUACUUUUGUGUGUGUUCACAAACAUGUUGCUGUUGUGGCAACAGAUAUUGGUUGACAUAAGUACCAUGUAGUGUCUGAAAUCACAUGCAGCUAUUAUUAAUGUAAUUUAAGGUUAGCCCAUCAAUUGCUCUCCAAAGAUCACUGUUAGAUGGAGUCAAUUACACUGUGUUCACUUCAUUGAGUGAAAGUCUGCCAACACUGCUGGCAUUAAUUCUCUCAAUUUCCCCAUUACUUCAUCUACGGAUUGUGAAAAGAAGUAUGAUUCUUGGCAAGAAGGAACUGCUAUUAUUGUUGGUUGGAAUGAGCUUGUCAUUUAAUAUGAAUUUGUUAGAAUGAUCAUAAUGCGUUCAAUCAUUGGAUUCAUUUUUAUUUGUGUAUGUCUUAUCUGUAACGUCAUGGAAACGAUGGAUGCAGAGGGCAUACCAGUAGCCAAACAUUCUGUGUUUGUUUCCUGUACACUGGAAAAAAACGUGCAAAAAUGUUUUCCUCAACAUACGUUUCUCCCUGUGUCAACACAAACUCUAAAAGGGAUGAGUGUUUUUGCCCCUUAACAUGGAGUAUUGAAAUAUUUUCAAAAGUGCAAUGACAUGGUUCAUUACUUAGGUAAGCUAAGAGAGAUUGCCAAAGGGGUGAUAUAAUGUGAGGACUCAUCUCUUGAUAUCCCUGUGCUAGCACUUUACCGUGUAAAGGCAGAGCCAAGUAUUUAGUAGCUGAGAAUAUGUUUACAUACCUGUGCAAAACAAAUGUUUCAAAAUACACUGAAUAAACAUGGUGUGUAUACUUGAAAA